CAAAUUGAAAUAGGACUAGACAAAGUAAACGACAGAAAAAGCCCAUGGCAAGGAAAGGCGGUUUUUGUUUUCCCUGUGGCUUGCGAAUAUCGGCGUCGCUUCAGUCCCUUGAAUUCGCUUCUAUUUGAAUCUUUCUUCGCAGCGCAGGGAAUUGGAGAGAGAGAAAUUCUGAUCAAUCGAAAUGGGCAACUCCUGGUGUUUGUUAUGUGGAUGCGUAGACCAGGCCAGCAUAGGCAUCGUCGAAAGGUGGGGCCGCUUCGAGAAAUUGGCUGAGCCCGGACUCCAUUUCUUUAACCCCUUGGCCGGUCAGUGUCUGGCCGGCAUCCUUUCCACCAGAAUCAGCUCUCUCGAUGUCCGCAUCGAAACCAAGACCAAGGACAAUGUCUUUGUGCAAUUGUUGUGCUCAAUUCAAUAUCGAGUAGUCAAGGAAAAUGCUGAUGAUGCAUUUUACGAGUUGGCAAACCCCAAAGAGCAGAUUCAGGCUUAUGUGUUUGAUGUGGCUCGAGCUCUUGUUCCAAGAAUGACUCUGGAUGAACUCUUUGAACAGAAAGGUGAAGUUGCUAAAGCUGUCUUGGAGGAACUUGAGAAGGUGAUGGGAGCUUAUGGAUAUAGCAUAGAACACAUCCUGAUGGUUGACAUUGUACCUGAUGCCUCUGUGCGAAAGGCAAUGAAUGAAAUUAAUGCAGCUCAAAGGCUUCAGCUUGCUAGUGUGUACAAAGGGGAAGCAGAAAAGGUGCUCCAAGUAAAAAAGGCAGAAGCUGAUGCUGAAGCCAAGUACCUUGGUGGGGUUGGUGUGGCGAGGCAGAGGCAGGCAAUCACAGAUGGUUUGAGAGAGAACAUAUUGAAUUUUUCUCACAAGGUGGAGGGCACCACUGCUAAGGAGGUGAUGGACCUCAUCAUGGUCACCCAAUACUUUGAUACGAUCAAAGACCUUGGAAACUCGUCUAAGAACACUACUGUCUUCAUUCCCCAUGGCCCUGGUCAUGUUAGAGAUGUCGGUGAGCAAAUACGCAAUGGUUUGAUGGAGGCAGCCAGUGCGCAGGUGACCCUGGAAUAACUUUGCCAUUUAUUAUAUUGAGAUAUUUGUACAUUUUUGUGGAACUUGUUUACACAGCUUGAAUAGGAAGAUAUUAUAUAGCAAAAUGGUUAUGCAUCGCCGGUACACAGACCAAUCAGAUCACAAUAAAGACCAGGUGUGUAAAUAUUUUUUUUUUUUUUGGGGAGAAGUAAGAAUGCAAUUAUGUCGGAUAUAUGCUUUCCCACAGGAUUCUGUUUUAUUACGUUCUCCAUGAUGCUCGUGUCUAUCUUAAUCAUGUAAUGUAAUUCCUUUAUUUUUUUCUUGUA